GGAGUACAGAAUGUCGGAAUGUCUUACUAUCACAACAUCAACAGAAUAACCAGUCAUGGGCCUUUUGACAAUUGUUCGCAAAAACAAAGCCAAGUCCAAGGAGAUGAGGGUGCUAUUCCUUGGACUCGAUAACGCUGGAAAGACUACCAUACUGAAGAAGCUGAACAAUGAGAACAUUUCAGACAUUAGCCCAACUUUGGGUUUCAAUAUUAAAACACUGAUUAGAGAUGGAUACACUCUCAAUAUUUGGGACGUAGGAGGCCAACGAACGCUGCGGCCCUAUUGGAGAAAUUACUUUGAAUCUACCGACGCCGUCGUCUGGGUUGUGGACUCUUCAGACAGAAUGCGUAUGGAGGACUGCCGGGAUGAAUUAAAGGAGCUCCUGCAUGAAGAAAGACUUGCCGGAGCAACCUUAUUGAUCUUCGCCAAUAAGCAGGAUCUUGGUGGUUCGAUGACACUGGAGGAGAUACGAGAUGCCCUAGAGCUGCGGUCAAUCAUUUCUCAUCGGUGGAUCGUCUAUCCCUGUUCGGCUUUCACUGGAAAAAACCUCGACGAUGGAAUGAAUUGGCUGGUAAAGGAAGUCGCCGGGCGACUAUACUGGAGCGGAUUGAACGCAAAGGAAGCAGACCUUUUCUGAGAGCUAGCGGAUAACCGCGCCGGUACUGAUAUUGGCGCUCAAACAAACCUGAAUAUGCAGUAGUCAGGUAGUUCAUUUACGUUUGACAUACGUUGACAUGCAUAUUUUGUG